UCAUCAUUGUGGCUAGCACACAGACACAGUAGGCUAACUGUCAUGGCUGCGUCUGCGGUAAUCACCGGGCUAGUGGCCGCCAGUGGGCUCAUCUCGACGAUCAUCCAGGCGGCGGAUACGGCGCAGCGCAACAAGAGGGCCUGCAAGAACCUGGCGAGCCGAGUCAAGAUGAUCGCGGAGUUGCUGCCGCAGGUGCAGGAUCCGGAGGCGAUGCGGCCGCUGGCUGGGCUUGGCGACGCGCUCACGGAGGCGCACGAGCUCGUCCAGUCCUGCCAGGGGAAAGGCCGGCCGUACCGCUUGUUCGCGGCCGGCAGGCAGGCCGACAGGUUCCGGGAAGUCCAGGGCAGGAUCGACUCCCUCCUCUUCCUCUUCCCGGUGAUCAGUUAUAUCGGCCUAGCUCGCCGACUCGACGGAAUGGGCAGCGUCUCGGUUCUGAAUCGCGCCAGCUCCUCCUCCGUGCACUCAGCAGUUUCUCAUGAGGUGUCGGAGUCGGAUUCGGACGGAGCUGAGGUGUUCACGAUGGCGGAGAUCACGGCGGCGACCAAAAACUUCGGCGUCGUCCUCGGCAAAGGCGACUCCGGCACGGUGUACAAGGGAAAACUCCAUGAUGGGCGCGAGGUGGCCGUCAAGCGGUUCAGGCACGGGCUGCGAAGAGCGGAGGCCACGUUCGGCACGGAGCUCGCCAUUCUCCACCCGGUCAGCCACGAGCACAUCGUCCGCCUCCUGGGCUCCUGCGCCGAGGACCAAGAGCGCAUGCUCGUCUACGAGAACGUGGACAACGGCACGCUCAGAGACCAGCUGAAUAAUAAUGCGUCCCCGUUGACGACGUCCUGGAAAGCGCGCGUCGGUAUGCUGCUGGGCGCUGCGCGCGCCAUCUACCACCUGCACUGCCGCGCCAUCCCGCUGCUCAUCCACUGCAACGUCACUUCGUCCAACAUCCUUCUAGACCGGAGCUGGACGCCGCGCCUCGCCGGCUUCGGCGCGUCGGUCUGGCGAGCGCCGGACGUGGAGUCCCAGACCGUCGAUAUCGCCCAGACGUACGGGUACGAGGACCCGGAGUACUGCAGAACAGGCGGGCUGAAACCGGCCACCGACCUGUACAGCCUCGGCGUGGUGAUGCUCGAGCUGUUGACGGGGAACCAGCCGGUGGUAGCCGUGUGGGAGGGGACAAAGACGUUGGUGUCCUGGGCGCUACCGCCAAUUGAGGCCGGGCAACUCGGCGACGUGCUCGACAGGCGCCCCGCGACGGAGCCAACUCCGCGGCAGCGCGAGGCGCUGCAGCUGGUAGCGAUCACGGCGUCAAGCUGUUUGCGGCUGCAAGGAGAUAACCGGCCGGCCAUACCGGACGUCGUGGCAAAUCUGGAGAAGGCAUUUGCAACGAUGUGUUUGGUCGAUUAGGACAAUGACUUUGUACUGUUUCAGUAGCAUGCAUCAUAGGACGUGUUCACUGAAAUGUGUGUGUGUGGAGUGUAAUUAGGACAGUGCUAGGCGUCGGGUGACCGACUGGGGGAAAUAUCUGGCACCCCGCCGGCCGUCCAGAUAUGUGUUGUUGAUCCCUUUGGGGUAGAACCCUCGCAUGUGUAGCGAAAAAAUGUAUUACUGUGGCAAUGUUAUAAUA